GGUCCUUUUACAGAUGUAGUCACCACGAAUCUUAAACUACGAAAUCCAUCAGACAGAAAAAUAUGCUUUAAAGUAAAAACUACAGCACCUCGUCGAUACUGUGUGCGGCCAAAUAGUGGAAUUAUUGAUCCAGGAACUUCAGUAACUGUAUCCGUUAUGUUACAGCCUUUUGAUUAUGAUCCAAAUGAGAAGAGUAAACAUAAGUUUAUGGUACAGACGAUCUUUGCCCCUACAAACAUUACAGAUAUGGAAGCAGUGGUAUGUAAAUAUCUACAAUUUCAGUUUUUAGUAAAUGGACAAAGAAAUAUGGCUUGCAUGAUUCUGAUUUUUGUAGGCAUAGACACAUCAAAACAUUUGAAUAUCUUUUCCAAGACCUUAAUAGUUGCUGUACUAAGUGCUAAUGGCUAUCCUUACCAAGGCCAGGACUUCCGCCACCCAAAUGGGUCUCCCAGCUCAGGCAGACAAGACGUCUACCGAUCAGAGCAACAAAGAUACUAUUGGGCCCCAGGAACCUGGUGCGGGGCUCUUCAAGGAGACCACUCAUCCUCAGGAUCUAGUCCCAGCCCCCCAGCUGUUCUGGAUGUUAUCCAGCACCAAUGGGCCCAACCAGGUUCUAUGGCUAAUCCCAGUGAGGUAGAUAAGCUGUAUACCAUGGAGAGUAGCCUUGAGGAUCUCUUAAAGCUUCCUCAGGUGGAUGACCCCAUUGUAGCACUAACUUCCAAUUCAGUGUUUCCAGCCGACCUGCUGGAAGGCUUAAAGGCUGAGGACAAGAGAGCAUCAUCAUCAUCUUACUUUAGCAGAGCAGCACUGUUUUGGCUCCGCAAACUGCUGUCCAGCCUACUGGCGGGGGACACCAGAGCACGACAGGAUGUGAAUAAAAUCAUAGCGGCUGUCGAGUACUCUGCCAACGCCUCACUUAACGCCACAAAAUUUUCCUCCAGAGCCCUCGCCUCCAAUGUGACCUCACACUGUCUGCUGUGGCUUCGCCACUGGAAGGCAGACAUGAAGGCGGUCAUCUCCAACUAUACGCCGCUCAAUGAGAAGCGACAACAACGGACACUGAUUCUGAAUACGGUCCAUCAUAGCCUGACCCUGAAAUUCCUCUCAUUUCCCCCACGGACUUUUGUCCAUUGUCCCAUUCCCACGUCUACCCACAAGCGCCAGCUGAUGCAGGUGGAGAUAGGACAUUUGCUGGAGAUGGCCAUCGAGAAGGUCCCCAGGGGUCAGGAGGGGAAGGAGUUCUACUCGAUCCUCUUCCUGGUCCCAAAGUCUUCAGGGGGAGUAAGGGCAAUACUGGACCUCAAGAAACUCAACAUCCAUCUAGUGAACAAGCGCUUCAAGAUGCAGUCACUUCAGACCAUACUGGGUUGCAUCACACAGGGCAACCUCCUAACUUCCAUCGACUUGAAGGAGGCAUACCUGCAUGUUCCCAUUCAUCCAGCACACCGCAAGUUCCUGAGAUUCCAGUUUGCCAACCAGCACUAUCAAUACAGGGCCCUCCCCUUUGGCCUCUCGUUGGCCCCAAGGACAUUUACCAAGCUUCUGGCUGCCAUUGCAGCACAUCUCCGAUCUCUCCCAGUGAGACUCGAAUGCUACCUGUACAACAUUCUCAUUCACUCGUCAUCCAGGGGGAAAGCCCAAAGAGAUCUUGACAUCACCAUCCGCGUUCUCCAACGCCACGGGAAGCUAGUGGAAGAAUGCAAAAGACUUCAGGCAGAUGUCGUGAAACUAUCAGAGGAAAAUAGACAUCUGAGAGAUGAAGGCUUGAGGCUGAGAAAGGUGGCACACUCAGAUAAACCUGGACCGUCAGGCUUGGCCCUCCGAGAUAAUGGCUCCAACUCUCUUCCUUCACUCCUUGUUGUAAUUGCAGCCAUUUUCAUUGGAUUCUUUUUAGGGAAAUUCAUCUUGUAGAAAGGGAGAGAGAGAAGCAUGCAGAAUGCUGCUUCCUUUUUUUUCUUGGCCAGGAAAAAAAAAAUUACCUACCACUUCAUUGGUAGUAUGGCCAAAGUGACCAUUUUUGUGUACAGCAUCAUAUAGGCUUUGCCUUUAAUGAUCUUGCACGGUUAGACAACACGAUAAAAAGACAAACUGUUCGGCUGCUGGACAAAAUUGUAUAUUAAUUCAUUAAUAGCAGGUGUCAGUUGCACAUUCAGUCCUUUAUGAAAACUCAUAAAUAAAGAAUUGUUCUUUCUUUUUGUGGUUUUAAUAAGAGUUAAAAUUGUUCAAAGUCUUGUAAAUGUUAUUUUAAUAAUCCUUUUCAAAUUUUAUCUGUUAUUCUUGCCUCUUGGAAAGAAUGAUUAUUAGAAUGCUAAUUCGCUUGUUCAGGAAAAUGAUGAGGCAUUCUGUGGGGAAAUGUUCCUCUUAGUGUAUGCAUUUUUUCCUUCACCUUACUUUGCUGAUAUCAUGGCAGAAUUUCUUACCCUUGUGAGGUGGUUGUGGAAGAAAAAAAUAAUCAUCCUGACAGCCCUGUCCCAUGGUAUUUAACAAACAAAAUAAUAAAACUGUUAACAGACAUUCUGAUGGGUAGCUUGUUUCUGUGAAUUGUUCUUUUAGAAAGAUUUUACAACAUAUGCUAUACACAGCCUGCUUCUUGUCACAGAUUUAUAUUGUUCACUAGUUGUGGCUUAGACUGGUGCAAGUGAAGCUUCAGAAGAAAUGUAGCAGUUUCCAUAUUGUGCAGCAGCAGCUGUAAAAUUACCUGGCUUUUUAGGAAAAGAUCAGAAUUUGAUUUGUUUUGGGACAUGGAAUACAUACUUUAAAUUUACUUUUUAAAAAUAGCGUUUUGGGUUUUUCAGAUACUUCUGUUGAAUCACUGAUCUUCCUUUAAAUUUACAGAAUCAGUUGUAUCUUGAUUUUUCAUCCAGACUAAUUUAGGCCGAGUGUCCAUAGAAUAACAUUUCCUAUAAUGUUUCCAAAUAACCCAAAGUUAAUACCGAUUGAGAAAACAUUAUCAUUUAAUUUUGUGAAAAAAUUAAGCCUUGUUCAGCAAAUGUCUUGGCAUAGCUGUCUUAGCUAUGCAUAUGUUAAUUCUAUAAAAUUCAUUUUAUUUGGUUUGAAUAUUUUUUCUCCACAAUCUUGUGGUUUGUUUAAUUUCUGGUAUUCACUUUCAUUAAAUAGAUGAUUUUGAAAGCACAAUACAGCUAUUCUACAUAAUCCAUCAUAAGCAAGUGUUUGAAAUUGAUAUUUUGGAAGGCUUAUACUUAUAAGCAGAAUUUUAUAUGGAUAUAAUGAACCAGUGCUAUGUAGAUUUUACAUAGCUGAGAACUGUUCUAGGAAAAAUAUAAAUCUUCUUGGUUGCCUUGGAUUUUUAAUGCUUUUUUUAAAUGGAAGAGCUACUUACGUCAUGUACCAUCACAAUUCGCUGUGAUAAAUUUUUAUAAACAUCUUCCAAUUUACAAAAAAGUUGAUGAACAAACUACUUGCCUGAUGUUUCAGUUAAAAGCAUGCAAAUACAGUUACUCUUUGUGUUUUCUGAUAUCUGCAUUCUGACUUUGGUGACUUGAAGAAGUGUCCUCAUAUCUGGUUAAAACUUAAUUGCUUCUAAAAGCAGUAGUAUUGUUCAUAUUAUAUUAUAUAACUGGUACAUCAAGAGAAAACAUUUAUUCCUUGAAGGAAAUUGAUCACUGGAAGAGAUUACAAGGAAGAUUUAUGUACAGGCUAUAACCUCUAGAUACAUUUAGAUAUUUCUGUGAAAGAAAGCUUCAAAGAUAUGUUCACUGUUAAACAAAAGCUACGACGGUUUGCACUGGCUAAAUACUUUAGCAUUUAUUAGCCUGAACUUAGAAUUUAUUACAGGUAACCAGAACUAUGGCGAAACAUAGUAUGAGGAAGUACUCUAACCUUGGCAGAUCUCUUGCCAAAAUAAAAUAAAGACAACAAUAACAAAAGCAUUCCACAGCUUAUAAUAUAAUGAUCAUAAGUGUAGAAUUAGGGUCCUAGCUGGGCCACUUAGCAGGACAAGGCUUUCAAAGACAAAUAUUAUGGAAUGACUCAAUAAUUACUGUAAGUAGAGUGAGAAAAUCCAGUUUGUGGAUGCGCUUCUAGUUUUUAAUCUUUUCAUAACUGUAUAUAAAAUGUAAUGCUGAACUAUUUCGCUCUCAGGAGUGAUUCUGGAUGAUACCAACUGUAUUUAGUGAAUUUAUGUAAUACAGAUUAAAUUUUCUGUUCCUGAAAUGGUUAGAACUUUGCCUGUUUGCUUGUGUACACCAAUGUGAGGAACAUAUUUGUUCCUGUUAGUAAGUGCUUCCAUCAGAAAGUGCAGUGUGUUCACUGUAGUAGUUCUUACGUAUAGUGAAUUAUUGGCUCCUGCAGCUUGCAUGAUGCAAGCUUUAUAUUUAAGGUUGGCAACUUUGCUUAUGGCAAGAAAUUAUAGCAGAAAGCAAAAGUCCUGAAACAUUUUUUCAUCUGCUUCUUGCAAAGUAAGAAAGAAGGUCUGUCCAAAAUCUGUUUACCGGUAAUCGAUUUCAAAGAAAAUAAUUGUGCUUAAGUAACAUUAAAAUGAGUUUUCCAGUGAAUUUCUCAUUGCCAAGUCUUUUGUGCAUUCAGGUAGUAUUAAAGAUAUUGGGAAAAUAACACUACAAAUUAUGAACUGAGUGAACAUUCACAAAAAUUGCAAAGGAUUUGUGGUACCCAAUAGUUUUUGUAAUACAAGAUAUUUUUGUUGUGUUGAAUGCAAAGUUUAUAAAAUAAAUUAAAACUUGGUAUUCAUAAGAUGGGAACUGGCAACUACACGCACACAAAUGGUUUUGGAUUAUAAUUCUUGAACAUCUAAAAGACCUGUAUUAAGAUUUGGGAUUAUAGGAGAAACAGAAUGCAGAAUGCAGAAUAUACGGAGAGUGCCCCAUUAGUUCUUGGUAACGAUCAUAAAACUUUAACAUAGCCUGUUAUGCAAUCAUGUGUAUAACAUAGGCCAUUGGAUUUGAAUAUUAUCUUGUUCAGUAAAUACUGCCUUAUUGGGAUAUGUUGAAAUUUGUGCUCAGAUAAGUAAUUAUAUUUUGUGAAUCAGUGCAAUUGCAUAAGAAUAGGCAUAUUCUUAUCUAACAGAAAAGACACAUGGAUAAUUUGAGAGGCUGUUUGAUUUUGUUCUUGACUUUCAGCAACUGUAUUCUUUUAUCUAAUUUGUGAAUUUAUGAAUUAAAGGAAACCUUUUCCCUGAUGAUUAUCUAAUGCUAUCUUAUUACAUGUACUUUUCCUGUAUUGUUCUGCCUAAUACACUAGGUGGCAAUCUAUUGCUCUUGUAAUAAAGUAACAACAUUUGUAAGACCCAAAGUUGUUACUAACAGAUUAUUUUCUAGUAGCAUGGUUAGUUUUCAGGCAAGAAAUUAUUGGAAUUGUAAUCCUUUUCACUUGCCUCAAUUUGCAUCUUUCUCCCUAAUGCCAGCGCUAAUUAUGUGGUGAUCAUAGAAUAAUUUCAGACAGCCUACAUAUAUAUCAAAAGCAAACUAAUUUCUUUCUAGAAUUAAUGAUUCAACACACUGUAUCUCAUAGAUAUAUUUUGUAUUAGAAAACUUUUAUUUUGGCAUACAGUCUGAUUCCAGAAAUCUGAAGAAGCUAGACAACUAUAUUUUCACUACAGAACUUAAAUUUAAGAUCAGAUCAGAUUGAACAUGUUGUUUGCUGUGUUAAUAAUUUGUUUGAUAUAAUUUUGAGGUAUCACAUUUCAUACACUCAUUCAAAUAAGCAUUCAAUGUAAUACAAAAAAUAAGUUAUCCUGGAUUUGAUUAAUCUAGCUGCUUAAAUAUAAAGUUUCUCUGAAAAGUUGAAUACAUUUUGUCAUUUGUCUUACUCUGCACUUUUUCAGUUGUAUGUAAUAUUGUGCCAUUUCCCAAAUAUCAGCAUAUAAACCUUGGUAUUCAGUGAAAAUGUUCUGAGAUUGAGCUGCUGCCUUGAUGAUCUUGAGUAUUUGAGUGCUCUUUUUAUGACAUCUGUUUCCCUAAACUAGAAAGGAUGCCCGGGGAGAUAUGUUCUUGUGGGUACCACCAUUUAUCAGUCACUCUGAAAGUGGUUUACAUGGAAGCUACCAAAAUAAAAAUUAUAGAGGUAAUAUAUGAGAUUAUCUAAAGUUAUCUCCUUGUGAAGAUUUCUGUUUUGCUUAUUUCUCUAUUAUUGUGACUUUUAAGCAUAAUUAAACUUCUUGAGUUGAUAAAA